GUGAACUUCGCGAGGAAUGAGCCUUUGAGAAACAAAGUGCCUCCCCAGUCAAGUCACGACCAACGUUCAUCUUGCCCGCGAGGAAAAUUGUGGCCACGACUAGUGGAUCGCGACCGCGAAGUCAGCCCGUGAUCUUCCCCUUCCCAGCCUCGACGAUUGUAUUUUGAGAUCACGGCCCAAAGACCAAAGAUCCCGCCCGUGAUCUCCUUGCCGCAGGCCGCGAAUUUUCUCGAGUCCAGAAUUUUCUCGAAUUUUCCCCUUUUGACGAGAGCUGAUUUUGAGAGAAACCUUUUAGUUCUAGAGAGAGAGAAGAGAGAGAAGCUAAAGAAAUGAGAAGAGAAGGAGAAGAAGGAGGAGCUAUAAGCAAGAAAGCAUUUGGCGAGUUUAGGUUAGAUGUGUGAAUGGGGGCCUAAUAGUGGUCAAGCGACCGAACCCUGCUAUAGGUAGCAUUCCUAGAUGAAACCCGAGAUGAAACCUCUGUGUAGACGGUGGAUUGUGUCCAUUGAAAUGAGCCAUAAGCUUAAUGCCCCAAAUAUGAUAACCUAGAUCGAGGUGACUGGAACAUGGGUUUAGGGGAGGCGUACUCGGAGGCGUGUGGAUAACCACGAAAGCCCAUGAAAAAGAGCUCACUCACCACAUUCGAUGACCCUAAGUAUCUAGAUAUGCAUAGUAAACCUAAGCUAGGGGGAGGGAUAGUUCCCCGAAGUACCUGCUUUUAGCUUUGAUCAAUCUUUAGACUAGUGUUUCCUCAUAUCCUCCACUCAAAACCUCAAAAACUGAUUAACUAAUUAGAAACUAUGUGAGAAGUAGGCUAGGGUACCAGGACCCGAGUAGAAUACAACCUUGAUUAACACUAUACGACAAUGUCGUUCUAGAUUAAACUUGGCCUAAGAUAUAGUUGUUGAUACGUGCUAACCUCUAACAAUAACCUACACGAAUUCAAGUGAUCAAGAUUUUUGACGCCGUUGCUGGAUAACCUUGGUAAUUAGUAGAAAACUAUUAAGUUGUUAGUUAGUCUUUACCUUGCUUUAUUUGUUUUGUGUUGUGUUUGUGUUUUAUUUUGUGUGUUUGUUUCUUGUUUUGUUCUUUUCGUAUUUGUUACGUUGUUUGUUUUGUUACCCAACUUUGUACAUCACGGGUUGUGGAAGUUGUUUUGUGUAAAUAGAUUGUGGCUAUGGAUCUGUCCGAAUUAGAACGUAUUGCGGAGGAAACCAUUGAUAUGCUUCGCAGGAAAGGAAGGGAUGACGAGAGUGUUAUCGAUCAUAUGUCCUACUUCCUGAAGGUAGUGAAGGCAUUGAAGAUUUUGGGAUUCACUAAAGAUCAGUUGAAUGAUAUCUUCUUCACCUACACCGUACGAGGGGAUCCAGCGGUCUGGUACAAAGAGUUCCAAUCCACUGAUCCUUCCUGGAGUCAAGUCACGGAAGCAUUUAUUUUUCGUUAUCUGACCAGAACAAUGGUCGUCAUGUGAAGGAAGGAGAUUGACACCUUUCAAUAGGAAGUUCAAGAAUUUGUUCAGAGGGUUGGGACGAUUCAAGAAUUUGAUACAAGGAAACACGAACUAUGGGUACUCUGACUAGCAACUUAACAAGAGCUUUUACAAGGGGCUCUCCACAACCCUCAAGGAGUUUAUCAGAAGGAGAUAUCCCACCGGAUUUCAAUAUAAUGAUUUGGGGAAAGUGAAACAACCCGAUCUUUUUCGAAAAUCAAACCAUACUUUAAACCAAAAGCCGGUUACUCUGGAGCAACCCAAACCACUUUUUAAAACAAACAAACAAACGAUGAUCAAGAAUUUCAAACGAAAAGCCCUAACACUUGGGCAAUCAUUAUCCAAAUACUUAAAAAAAAUUAACCCAUAAUCUUGAACCCUGAAUCUCUAGUACAUAUACUCAUAAUCAUGAACAAAAUAAUUAAACUAACUCUAGCUCUAACUCCUUGUUGAGUUCCCUGAGCUCUCUUCCUUGCUGGGCGAUAGCUCGCCUCGCCCUGCCUCUUCUUAGGAUCCACCUCUGCUAACCCUUCCUCAACCUGGUGAGUGAGAAAGGGGCCAAUCUCGUCGUUACUUCCUAAGGUCUUUACCUAAGCAAAUCCUUACUAA